AAAUGAUUGGCUCAUGUUAACUGUCUGAUUCCAGGUGUCCGAUUACAGCCAACUGUCCAAUUACACUGUAUGAUUAUAACUUUGCAGAUUAAUUAGAGCAAAAUACACCAGUUUAUGCACCAAUCACAUUUCAGGAAUUUGUAAUUGUUAUGAUUAAUAAAGGAAAAUUUCUCACUGGUAGUUCUUGAAGCGAGAGUGGGGAUAACAGGGGAAAAAGCAUUUCCUCAUGCAGGUAACAAUAAUUGCUAGGAUUAAUGAGCCCAGCGAGUAUCAGAUGAUCAGUAAUCGACGAUCCAGCCCCGUUUUUGCUGCAGCCUGCAGAAGCCUGGUCGCUCAGCAAUCCGGCAAGUCAAAAUGGCAUCCUUAAAUUGGAACGAGAUUGUGUAGAGCUCCAGGUGAUGAAUAUGGAUGAGAAAUCAUGCGAAGAAAUGUGAAUGAUAGUUUGAAAACCACCGCCCCUCCCUAGGACGUAAUAAAACGAUGCGCCCCUUAAAACUUGUAGAACCUUUCCGCGCGUAGACCUUUGGCAGUUGUUCCUCUCAAAUCAGGCAGGGAUAAUGAGGUGAGACAUUUCAGACUAGAAGGAAAUAGGACAAGACAUGGAUGACGCACUAUUACAUGUGAAGUCUGUGAAGGAGAAGAAACUUUCAUAACCACGUAAGAGACUACCCGUGUCCAAGCCCUCUCGAAAUUUCGCUCGUUCCAUGCUUUUGCAAUCUUGGAGUCCAAUGGGAAGCCGAUUGAAGGUUGUUUUUCCUCGUCUCAUUCGAACUAUAUACACCACACGGGCUAUGGAUGGCAGAAAAGAGAUCGUAGUUCCUCCAGCAGUCCCUACUAAACUUCAAGAACUGAUUUACGCUUUUCGUGAAUCCAAAGCGCUGUUUGCAGCAUGUGAUCUCGGUAUUUUCGAUUUAUUACACGAGUCCAGUGGUCCUCAGUCAGCUAAUGAGAUAUCUUCAAAGAUGAGAGCCAAUGUGGAUGCUACAACACGUUUAAUGGACACUUUGGUUGCUCUGGAGUUGUUAGAAAAGACCAAACAAGGCGAAUCGUGGUUGUAUUCCAAUACCGAAAUGGCCAAGGAGUUUCUGACCAAGUCAAGCCCCAAUUCUGUUGAUGGUUACAUCAAACACUCAAAUAAACUGUUGUACCAUCUUUUCAGUAAUUUAGAAAGUGCAGUUCGCGAUGGAUCGAAUCAGUGGAUGAAUACUUUUGGCCAAUCAUCAGAAGAUGCGUGGAAAGCCGCCUACAACACCGAAGAAGACCGUUUACGAUUUCUUGGAGCCAUGCAUUCAACGUCACGCCAUUCCUGUCACGCAGUGGUAACGGCAUUUGACUUGAGCAAGUUUCAAUCCUGUUGCGACUUAGGGGGUGGAACAGGAGCUAUGGCAUACACUUUGUGUCAGUAUUACCCUAACAUGAAGAUCACAGUGUGUGAACUGCAGUCAGUUAUGGAUGUCGCUCAUCAUUUUCGUCCAUCUUUGGAAGAUUGCCCCAAUCAAGAAAAUGUUUCGUAUGUUGCAGGUGAUUUCCUGCAGCCUGACCUGCCUAAGGCUGAUUUGUACAUAUUGUGCCGUGUACUUCCUGAUUGGCCGGAAGAAAAAGUGGGCUUGAUACUCUCAAAUGCAUUCAAGUGUUUGUCUCCAGGUGGUUGUCUUCUCAUUGCUGAAAGGUUCUUGAACGAAAACAAAACAGGACCUCGAGGUACUCUUCUACAGUCCCUAAACAUGCUUGUGCAGACCCAUGGCAAGGAACGAACGGCGACAGAAUACAAAGAGCUUUUAGAAAAACAAGGAUUUGUUGAUAUUCAAGCAAAACAGCCCGAGUCCCCUUCAGGAUUAGUUGUCAUUUUAGGUAUAAAGCCUUGAAGUUACUUUGACUGAAAAAGAAUUGCUCACUGAUAUGCUUGACACUAAGACAAGGUCACAGCAAUUAAGACCUGCUUGAAAUAUCUGGUUUACUUUACUGCGCCUUUCAAUAACAUGCGGACUCUAAAAUUUAAAGCUCAACCGACAAAUGCGUUUUUCGCUACCGUCAAUCAAAUAUUCGGCGUCUUCUCCCAGAUUCCGACUACUGCCGAGCCGGCGGCAAUCAAUCAAAUCGUUGAGCACAGUUCAGACAACAUAAUCGGAAGCUGGG